UAUCGGACGGAAACAACAGAAGAAUGUUGCUGUUGUCAGUGCUGGUGUCUUUGCUCUAGCUGUAUUUCUCCAGAAUGAAAGUUCUUCUCUAUCAGACCUUCAACAGACCUUGUACGCUCUCAGGUGCUCAGUAAGUGAGGGCAUUGCUUGCAGAAAGGAACCAAUGGAGGGUAAAAGUUCAGGACCUUCAUGCUCUGGACCCAAUCUGGUCGCACACCCACGGGCGAAAAGCAAAGUCUGGAAAUACUUUGGCUUUGACACAGACGCAUAUGGCUGCAUAUUGCACUGGAAACGGAUUUACUGCCGUGUAUGCAUGAGUCAAAUCGCCUACUCUGGAAACACCUCCAAUCUGUCUUACCACCUUGAGAAGAACCACCCCGUAGAGUUCAGCGAGUUCGUGAAGAGCAACACGGAUCAGAUGCGAGAGGCGUUCGCGUCAGCGUUCUCCAGGAUAAAGACCGAGCCCACGGGUCCGCACGUUCAGCAGCAAUCCCAAGACCCCAACGUAAGGCAGAGCUCGGGCAAUGAAAACCGACGACACAAUGAUCUGACAACCGCUGUCGUCAACUUCAUCUGUGAGGGGUUGUACCCCGCGUCGGUCGUUGAAGAGCCUACUUUCAAGACGUUAAUGAGUACCGUCGACCCUGGGUACUCUCCACCGAGCAAAAGCGAGAUGGCAGUUAAAAUGCUUCCUCAGAUGUACUGCCGUGCCCGGGACAUGGUCUUUAGUGAACUUGCUGGGGUUGUGAACUGUGGCGUUACUACAGAUCUUUGGCAAAGCCAAACCCAGAACAGGUCGUACAUUUCGCUCUCUGUGCAUUCUGUGAAUUACAACAGUACAAGUGGCUUCUCCAUGACCAACAAGUGUCUUAAAACCUUCGAAGUACAAGAGGACAACACGGCGGAGAACAUCACCAGAGCAAUGUAUGAAGCAUUUGUCGAAUGGGGAAUAACCCACAAGGUCAGCGGUGCCACCACAAACGGUUCAGUGGACAUCAUGAAAGCAUGCUCCCUCCUGGAGCUGUCGGUGGAAAUGCCUUGCCUCGGACAUACCGUCAAUCGCGCGAUAGCUGAAGCCUUCCAGCUGCCGCGCGUCGACAGCUUUUUGGGAUGUUGCCGCAAACUCAUCGAUCAUUUCCGAGAACCGGCAAUGUAUCUGCUAAGGGAUAAACAGAAGCAGCACGGCCUCCCUCAGUGUGCGCUCGUCACAGACCGAGGUAGAUCUUGGUUGGCCACGUUGGCAAUGUUACAGCGACUGAAAGAGCAACAGGUUGUUGUAACUGCAACGCUGGUAGAGAGUUCAAGCGCUCAUCGCUUCAGCUUCGAUGGCCCUGACUGGGCCUUGUUGGAGGGCUUGAUUUGCGUCCUCCAGCCUUUAAAAGUUGUGGCAAACAUGAUCACCUCUUGCAGGUACCCAACCAUUAGCAUGGUUAGGCCCGUGCUUCAUAUGCUGCUGAAUACCACUCUUAAAGUCAAGGAAGGGGACCUCAAAGAGAUCAGCAUGACGAAAGAGGUCAUCUCAAAGGUCCUGUCGAGCACCUAUUCGCAGAACACACAGCUAUCGCAAGAAAUUUCCACGUUCCUCAACAUUGCGACCUUCUUGGAUCCUCGGUACAAGAAGUUGCCUUUCCUGUCCACUCAGGAACGCUCCAAAAUUGAGAGUAACAUCAUUGAUGAGGCAAAAGCAGUCAUUGAGAAGCAGAUUGCCGAGCGACCUUGCCUAGGCGAAUUCUCCUUGACAUCAGACGAGCCACCUUGCAAAAAGCAGACGCCCCUACGAGAGGCUUCAGCCGGCAGUGCCACCCAAGACAACCCUUUGGCUGCCAUAUUUCGUCAGUCCGAUGCAGACCAGAGCCAGGAGGAGCUGCAUGCCCAGGUCGUAGAGGAGCUGAGCAACUACAAAUCCCAAAGAGUCCUAGGUCUGAAUGAAGACCCUCUGCUGUGGUGGUCGAGUCAUGCACCCUUGUUCCCCACCCUCCCCAAGGUGCUCCAGAAGUACUGGUGUGUUCCUGCCACUAGUGUCCCUCCUCACAGGCUGUUCAGUUCCUCCGGGACGGUCCUGUCUGGGAAAAGGAACCGUUUAGUCCCAGCUUUGGUAGAUCAGCAGGUCUUCUUGUAUGAGAACUCGCAGAGCUACUGUGAGCCUGAACUCUGUGAGAAUGAUUUGGACAAUGAAGGAAGCGGUAAUCUGGGCAGGCAACUUGAGUGACUGGGCUGAAAAGUAUUUUGUGAACUUUACUCCAUGCAUGAGAUACAUUAAGAAAUAAGAUCAAGCUGUGUCAGUCGGUAAUGGACCCUUAAUACCUUAACUAGGGCUAGGUAUUGUUUUGUUUUUUUAAAGAUUUCUUUUGGGGAUUUUAAGCCUUUAUUUGUAUAGAAUAGCUUCUACUUGAAAGGGGAAAGAGAGGGGGAAACGACAUGCAGCAAAGGUAUAUGUGCGCCUGCUCUACCAGGUGAUCUAACCGGGCGCCCAGUGCGUAUUGUUUGGAUAGUUAAAUCUUUAUUUGAAUGGUGUCACUCUGCAUUGCACCAGACUUCACAUAAGCGUAGAGUUAG